CUUGCUUAAUUCUCUAAUUAUUCUUCCCAUUAUGACUUCGCACUUUGCUACUGUCCCCGCACUAAACGAGGAUGCUGCAUUUGGCAUCAUGAGGCUCGCAAGAGUCGAUCUACAUCCAAAGGCGACGAGUUUGAAUGCUGGUCUUCAUCGAGAUGAGAAGGAAAAUCCGUGGAUCUUGCCCCCCUCCGGUGGGUCAAGAGGUGCGCGGAUAGCAUCCUUUAAGUGGCCAAACUAUGCAGAGACUAAUCGACCAAUCAGGCCAAAAAUCGACUACAUGAAGAUUCAACUACCAAUCAUGAGUACUUGCCAAUUCGUGGAAACUCCAAGCUAUUAGAAAGGGCGAGAAAAUUGGUGUUUGGCGCCCCGGGAGCUCUGAACCCGACAAUCGCAUCGAUUCAGACUCUUGGAAGUGGAAUGGAACCCUGGAGACGUUCUCAUCUUGCA